AGUGAUGUCACACACCUGACCGAGUGUGACUUUAACAACCUUAUAAAUAAAAAUGUUGUUAUGUCAUAACAGUUUGGUGAUGCUAUGUGUGGUGUACGCAGAAUAUUACAAACACGCCUUCAAAACGAGUCAUGAUUUUAUUUCCAGCUUCAUGCAUGAAAAACACAAACCCACCGUCUUAGAGUCGAGUGUCCUCUGACGGUGAGACGUUCUAAUCUGACCUGUGCUCGUCAACUUUUAUUGGAAUAAUUCACAGUUUUCUGUCAGACGUCACACCAACACACUCAGAGCACCUCGGCCAAUCCAAAAAUAAUACAAAGUGUUUAAAAGUGACGAAAAGAAGUCAUGAAAAAUCAAACGGCAACAGUCAGCUCAUGAGAAAUAUUAGAGAUGCAAACACAUUAUUGAAAGUUGCUCCCACACCAGCAGUUAUUGUUGCUUUAACAUGUUUCCAAGCAAGCCACAAGGAAAAGUAUUUUACAUUUACACAUUUUAAAGCCGACUACUCCCACGUAAGCUAUGGAAUAAAAACAUCGUCCCUUUUUACAAAGUAACUUUCUACGCGACAGUCCUCACAGUAGUCAAAUUUGCUUCCAAAUCACUCGGAUGAAUGACGAAGAAGACUUGUACUGCCUCUAGUCGAGCUGAAAACAACUCAAAAACAUCUGAAAGGUGAGAAUACGUCGCCUGUAUUGCACUGUACAACAUCGAGAAUCAUAUCAAACAAAAAGAGCUGAGAGAAGGAAUGAAGAGAGGGUGUGAAGGAACCGCUCAGUGGUCUUGUAGUAUUUUCAUUGAAAGUGGUGUUCUCAUUAAUAUCUGUUGAUGAGGAUUAAGGUAAAGUGCGUCAUGUCUGAAACUACUGCUUCAAGUCAUUUAAUCGUUGGGGAGUGGCGGUGUAAACAUGAUGGGAACGCCUGCCGAUAAUAUUAACUCAUAUCUGUUUAUUUCGUUGGCACUAGGGUGAAGAGUGACGGUGCAAACCUCGAGGCAUAUCCUGCAAAGACUCAAAGACCGGCAGGUAAAGCUUGUACCUGCUCGUCUGACGAGAAACCAACCAACGUAACUCUUCUAAACAUCACGUUUGACCUGCAAAGGGAAGAAAGUGGUUGGAAAUCUAAAGAACGGAUGAGCCACGUGACUUAUUAAGAAAGGUUGUGUCCCUGUUUGUCAAUGAGCAAACGUUUCCUACGUGGAAGUCGCAGCAGUAAGAGCGCAGUAAGCCUGCGCCACUUUUAUUGCUCGUCCUAUUGGAAAACCUGCCUGCGCCCGUGCAGGGAGGUGGUGUUACCCCCACAGUCCACGUACUGGUACAUCUCCUGGGAGACCUGCUCCGCGUGGCCGAAGUACGACGUCGUCACCGUCACCCUGAAACACAAGCAGAGAGUCAACGGCUGCACAGUCAGACAAGGUCCGUGGGGAAGAUGCAUGGGCAGCGAUUGUGGCCCAGGUGGCAGCCAAAGCCGAGCAGUCUGGUGUGCCCAUGUGGACGGCUGGACGACGCUUCACACCAACUGUGACCAGGUCCAGCGCCCUUCCAACCAGAGAAACUGUUUCCGUGUGUGCGACUGGCACAAGGACCUUUAUGACUGGAAACUGGGUGCCUGGAAUGCGUGCGUGCCAGUAUCAGCAAGGACCUUUGGGGCCCUGCGGUCCUUCACAUGCAGCGGGGGCGAAGAGGGCAUUCAGACUCGGGAAGUGGGCUGCAUGCUCAAGUCAGACGGGUCUCCAGCAGAGGAUGCCAUCUGCGAGUACUUUGAGCCCAAGCCUCGUCUGGAGCAGGCGUGUUUGAUCCCUUGCCCCCAGGAUUGUGUGGUUUCUGAGUAUUCGCCAUGGACGUCCUGCUCCAAAACAUGUGGAACAGGCCUCAGGAACAGAGUCCGUAGCGUCCUGGUUCCUCCAGUUUUUGGAGGUGCGCUUUGUCCAAACCUAACUGAGUUCCAGUCUUGUAAACCGGGGCCUUGCACUGGUCCGGAGGGCAUGUACAGUCUCAGGGUUGGACCUUGGAACCCUUGCGCUCUCCCGCAGACUCGGACAGCACGCCAAGUUAAGCGCAGGAAAGGUAAAGGCCAGGGGCUCAGGGAGAGGACGGGAGUCAAAGAUCCAGAGACCAGGGAGCUUAUCCAGAAGAAACGAACCAGGAAUCGCCUUAACAGGCAAGAGAGUCCGUUCUGGGACAUCGAGGUGGGCUACCAGACUCGGGACGUGAUCUGCAUACAUAGGAAUGGGAGCGCUGUGGGACGCAACCUGUGCACGCCGAGAGACCUGCCGCUGACCGUCCAAUCCUGCGUCCUCCCCAAAGACUGCCAGGUGACCGACUGGGCCGAGUGGAGCCCGUGCUCCAAAACCUGCGUGGAAGCCGAGUCCCCGAGAGGCAACCGCACUCGGAGCAGGCAGGUGCUCCAGUUCCCGGUGGGCGAGGGAGCGGAGUGCCCGCCGCUGGAGGAGUGGGAGUCGUGCGAGCCUCUGGGUGAAGGCGUGCCGCCCUGUGCUACUUACACCUGGAGGACCACGGAGUGGAGCGACUGCCGGGUCGACUCGUUGCUAAGCCAACAGGACCGUCGACGUAGCAACCUGACAGGGCUCUGUGGGGGAGGCCUGCAGACCAGGGAGGUGUAUUGCGUCCAAGCCAACGCAGAGCUCCUAAAAUACCUCAGUGACCUCAGAGAAAAAGACAAAGCGGGUCAGACCCAAAGACAGCAGACGCCUAGCGUCCCUCCUCUCCUCUCCGUCACCUUCCAGAUUACAGCCUCCCAUCCGGUGGAGAACAAGCUGUGCCAGGGUCCGAUCCCCAACAGGUCCCAGCUUUGCCAAAUCCCGUGUCCCAUCGACUGUGAGGUGUCGCCGUGGGGCGCCUGGGGGCCGUGCACCUUCGAGAACUGUGACGACCAGGCUGCAAAGAAAGGUUUCAAACUGAGAAGACGACGGAUCACCAACGAGCCAACAGGAGGGCCCGGAAACUGCCCUCACCUGGUGGAGGCGGUGCCGUGCGACGAGCCCAGUUGUUACGACUGGCAGCUGGUCAGCCUGGAUCAGUGUCUCCCCGACGACGGGAAGGAGUGCGGGCCCGGCACUCGGCUCGCACAGGCCCAGUGUGUCAACAGCAACGGAGAGGCGGUGGACAGGAAUCUCUGCUCGUCGUCCCCGCCUCUGGAGCCUGUGCCCUGUGAGGUGCCUUGCUCAAGGGACUGUGUGCUCAGCGACUGGACUUCCUGGUCUACCUGCUCUCAGACCUGCUCCAGCAAGACCAUCGAGGGGAAGCAGAUGAGGACCCGCUCCAUCUUAGCCUACAACGCCGGGGAAGGUGGUGCCCUGUGCCCGAACAGCAGUUCCCUUCAGGAGGUACGAAACUGCAACGAACACGCCUGCACGGUUUACCACUGGCAGACUGGACCCUGGGGGCCUUGUACCGAAGACCCCUCAGCCUCGUCCCUCAACGCCUCCAUGGGCGUCCGUGGCGGUCAGGGUUCCUGCUCGUUGGGAAUGCAGACUCGUAAGGUCAUCUGCGUCCGGGUCAACGUGGGACAGGUGCCACCCAAGAAGUGUCCAGACGGCCCUCGACCCAACACGGUGCGGCCGUGUCAGCUGCCCUGCAAGAAGGACUGCAUCAUGACGCCCUUCAGCGACUGGACACCGUGUCCUGUCAGCUGUGACGCAGCCGGCAACGCCGUGAAGAGAAAGCAAUCAAGGAAGCGCCUUAUCAUCCAGCUGCCGUCCAACGGAGGACAGGACUGUCCGGAGGUGCUGGAGGAGGACAGGGACUGUGAGGUCCCUAAAAGCUGUCCAGGAUUCAGGUGGAAAACCCACAAAUGGAGGAAGUGCCAGCUGGUGCCGUGGUUUCUCAGACAGAGCAGUGCCGGCGCACAGGAGACCUGUGGACCAGGAUUACAAACGAGAGCUGUGUCCUGUCGCCAGCUGGACGGGACGCAGGCCGACAUCAGCGAGUGUCUGAGAUUCGCCAAGGCCAUGCCUACCAUCACUCAGCGCUGUCAGCUCCCCUGCCAGGAUGACUGCCAGCUGACCAACUGGUCCAAGUUCUCGUCCUGCACAGCUGACUGUGUGGGGGUCCGGACCAGAAAGAGGGCAUUGAUAGGGAGGAGUAAGAAGAAAGACAAGUGCAAGAACACACAGAUGUAUCCUCUGAGCGAGACCCAGUACUGCCCCUGCGACAAGUACAACGCCCAGCCGGUGGGGAACUGGUCAGACUGCAUCCUUCCCGAGGGAGGCAGAGUGGAGAGCGUCCUGGGGAUGAAGGUCCAGGGAGACGUCAAGGAGUGUGGGCAGGGCUACCGCUACCAGGCCAUGGUGUGCUACGACCAGGACAACAGGCUGGUGGAAACGUUACGCUGCAACAGUCACGGUUACAUCGAGGAGGCGUGCAUCAUCCCCUGUCCCUCCGACUGUAAACUCAGCGAAUGGUCCAACUGGUCUCGCUGCAGCAAGUCCUGUGGCAGCGGGGUCAAAGUUCGCUCCAAGUGGCUCCGAGAGAAACCUUACAACGGCGGCCGGCCGUGUCCCAAACUGGACCACAUCAACCAGGCUCAGGUGUACGAGGUGGUGCCGUGUCAGAGUGACUGCAAUCAGUACGUUUGGGUGGCCGAGCCGUGGAGCGUGUGGAAAGUCAGCAACGUGGACUUAAAGGAGAACUGUGGCGAGGGCGUCCAGACCCGGAAAGUCAGGUGCAUGCUGAACACUAUAGACGGGCCAUCGGAGUCUGUGGAGGACUACCUGUGUGACCCGGAGGAAAUGCCCCUGGGGGCCAGAGAGAGCCGGCUGCCUUGCCCCGAGGACUGCGUCCUCAAUGACUGGGGCCCCUGGAGCCGCUGCAGCCUGCCGUGUACCACAACCAACAGCCGAGUGCGGAUGGCGUACACCCUCCGGUCACCCAGCGUGGGCAGGCAGUGUCCGGACACGACCGACCACGAGCCCUGCGGCCUGAACCACAACUGUUUCAACUACUUCUACAACAUCACAGACUGGAGUACAUGUCAGCUGAGUCCUAACGCUGUGUGCGGGAGCGGCAUCAAGACCCGGAUGCUGGACUGUGUUCGCAGCGACGGCAAAUCAGUGGAUAUAAAGUUCUGUCAGGAGUUGAAUUUGGAGAAAAAGUGGCAGAUGAACAUCUCCUGUGUGGUCGAGUGUCCUGUCAACUGUCAGCUGUCGGAGUGGUCGGCCUGGUCAGAGUGUUCGCAGACGUGCGGACUCGAGGGGAAGAUGUGGCGGCAGCGGUCAGUGGUUCAGGCCUCUCAGGGCGACGGCCGGCCCUGCCCUACUCAGAUGGAGCAGUGGAAGCCCUGUCCCGUCCGACCGUGCUACCGAUGGCAGUACAGCCCCUGGUCCGAGUGUCGGGUGGAGAGUGUGGUGUGUGGACACGGCAUGCGCUACAGAAACCUGUCCUGCUUCGUGUCCGACGGCUCCGGUGACGGCGAGGGGAGCCUGGUGGACGAGGAGCUGUGCAGCAGCCUGGAGCUGGCCAUCGACGGAGACAAGCGGAUCAUACUGAAAGAGCCCUGUACGCUUCCCUGCCCAGGCGAAUGCUACCUGAUGGAGUGGUCCGACUGGAGCUCGUGUGUGAGCAUCUGCGUCAAGGGGGCCGGCGUGGACUUUGGUUCGGUUCAGGUCCGCUCGCGAGCCGUGUUGGCUCAGGAGCCUGAAAACCUGCAGCUCUGUCCUGACCAGGAGUGGGAGUCCCAGCCCUGCACAGGGGGCGAAUGUUACGAGUACAAAUGGUUCAGCAGCGUAAACUCCACCCGCCCUUUCGUCUGGUGUCAGCGUUCAGACGGACUCAAUGUCACCGGAGGCUGUCCUGCUAUCAACCCUCCAGUGGACAACAGCUCCUGCAGCCCUCCCUGCCUCAUGCCAAAGUCUUUCUGCAGUGAAGACGGUAUCUGCAUGUGCGAGGAGGGAUUCACAGAGGUGCUGUCGCCCACCGGGCAGCUGGACCAGUGCGCCCCCAUCCCGAUCCUGGAGAUCCCCACGGCGGGGGACAAGAAAGGGGACGUGAAGACCAGUCGUGCCAUUAACCCAACCCUGCCCACCACCAUCCUGCCCGGACGCACCGGCCGGACCUGGUACCUGCAGCCCUACGGACCAGAUGGGAAGCUGAAGAUGUGGGUGUAUGGUGUAGCAGCCGGAGCCUUUGUGCUCCUCAUAUUCAUAGUGUCUAUGAUAUACCUAGCUUGCAAAAAGCCAAAGAGACCUCAGAGACAGAGGCAACAAAACAACCGACUAAAACCUCUGACUCUCGCCUACGACGGGGACACGGACAUGUAGUCCUCUCUCCACCGAGCACCGUUCACCUGUCAUAGAGACCCACUUCAAAUCACAGCCAUCACGAUCGUGACCUCCACCAUGUUCAACGAAAUGCCUUUUUCUUUUCUUGCCCCUCCACCUGCACCGCCUACACCCGUCCACAUUUCUGUAAAAGAAAAGACUCAUUUCAGACCCAGGGGAAUAAGCUGGGGUGCAGGAGAAAAGUCUCUGAACACGGCAGCACAAGCUUCAGCUCUUCCCCCGCGCUUUUCUUUCUGCUUGUCCCUAAAAAUGCUGAGUAGCUGGAGGCUUAGGAUGCUCUGACGGUUCGUACGUUGCCAAAAGUCACCGCAGGGAAGAAGAAGAGGAGGAGGCGGGAGGGAGGGAGAGAAAAUCUCCAUAAAAAGGUUUGGAUUCCUUUUUCCUCAAUCCUCAACUGACUCAAAUCUCUUUUACAGUCGAACAAAAGGAAGGCAUUUCUUCUCUUCUUCCUCUUUUUUUUUGUGUUGCUCGAUUUAGAGGCACCCAGGCUCGUGUUUGUGGGAUAAACUGGUCUGUGCGAUGCUGAUGGAGGGAGUAGCCUGGCCUGCCUGCCUUGCCUGCCUGCCUCCACCUUUUUCUGUUUGUUUCAGGCUCUACAUUGCACUAUAUUAGUGCAGCAUGAUAUGCACAUGUGACUUCUACCUUUUAUUGCCAUAAAACACUGCCUCUUCCACAGACCAUGAAGCAAAGAGGAACAGCUAACGGGCAACUCGAAGACGACGUUUAGAUGUGUCACGUUCUACGGAGCAGGUGUGAAAAUCAGUAAAUAUAUGUAUAGAUUUUAUUUCUCACACCUGAUUUAAUUUUUUUAUUUCUUUUGGUUGUAGUAAAGUACAUUUUGUGGUUUGUAGAUUUCGUCUGGUGUUUUUACUUUAUUUCCCCCGUCCUGAUACAAUUAGAUACGACGUCUGCAGGCGACUUCUUUUAACGAAUCGUCUGCUUUUAAAGUUGUUUUUAAAUCAUAAAAAUGUGUUUGUUUUUUUACUUUGUGGAAAAAGGUCCCAGCGGUUAAACAAGAAGAAAGACCAAUAAAUUUAAACCGUUCACGUCACGCAAAUGUCAUUUUUCUGCCUUACUGACAAUAACUAAAUACUAACAGUUCCUGUAACACAGAUUUAAAUACUUGAAUGGGGCAUACCGUGUACGUUACACACUACAUGUAGACACGAAGGCUGCAUUCCUGUUUUAUUUUGAAGGUCACUUAGCAAAGUAUACGUCAAAGUUUCUCAUGUAGAUAUCCGUAUCAUAGGCACUCUGUCGUUUUUCACUCACGCCACAUGAGGUGAAAUAUAGUUUAAAAAAAAAAAGAACUGUACAAACAAAAAUGAUUAUACAACAUGUUAAUAAUAAGAGCUUCUGCUGAGUUCAACGUCAAAGCAAACUGGUGUGGAGAAUGUUUACUUUUUUUGUUGUGGGAUUUGUAAAUAACA